GGGGAGAAACCUUUUGAAUGCUCUCAAUGUGGAAAGAGAUUCAGUCGCAGCGACCAUCUUCAAAGCCAUCAAAGAACCCACACAGGGGAGAAACCUUUUGAAUGCCCAGAGUGUGGAAAGAGAUUCAGCCAAAGUUGCAGUCGUCAACUGCAUCAGAGAACCCACACAGGGAUGAAACCUUUUGAAUGCUCAGAGUGUGGAAAGAGAUUCAGUCACAGCUGCACUCUUCAGCAUCAUCAAAGAACGCACACAGGGGAGAAACCUUUUGAAUGCUCAGAGUGUGGAAAGAGAUUUAGUUGCAGUCGCACUCUUAAACAGCAUCAAAGAACCCACACAGGGGAGAAACCUUUUGAAUGCUCAGAGUGUGGAAAGAGAUUCAGUCAGCGUAGCAAUCUUCAAAGACAUCAAAGAAUCCACACAGGGGAGAAACCUUUUGAAUGCUCAGAGUGUGGAAAGCGAUUCAGUCGCAGUGUCACUCUUCAGCAGCAUCAAAGAAUGCACACAGGGGAGAAACCUUUUGAAUGCUCAGAGUGUGGAAAGAGAUUUAGUUGCAAUGGCACUCUUCAGCAGCAUCAAAAAACCCACACAGGGGAGAAACCUUUUGAAUGCUUGGAGUGUGGAAAGAGAUUCAGUCGCAAUGACACUCUUCAAAAGCAUCAAAGAACC